AUGGAGUCAGCCCAGAUAAUCAAACAAAAAGCCCAAAAGCAACCGUACCAACUCCCACCGCAGCCUGAGGAGACCACAAGCAGUGAAAAUUCCAAUUUCUUGUUCGCCAACUCGGAAGGCAACAUCCUAGUUGAACGUUUCAAUGGAGUUCCUGCUGAGGAAAGGCUGCAUUGGCGAUCUUUCCUGGUCAAACUUGGGGCAGAUAAUCUUAGGGGCGUGAAGAAUGAAGAGCUCCUUGUUGCUUGCCACAAGUCAGUUUACAUUGUUUACACUGUGCUUGGGGAUGUCAGCAUCUAUGUCGUGGGCAAAGAUGAGUAUGAUGAACUAGCCUUGUCGGAGGUGAUCUUUGUUAUAACAUCAGCUGUGAAGGAUGUAUGCGGAAAGCCGCCAACUGAGCGCCUUUUCCUGGAUAAGUACGGAAGAAUUUGCUUGUGUCUGGAUGAAAUUGUUUGGAAGGGAUUGCUGGAAAAUACAGAAAAGGAUAGAAUCAAGAGAUUGAUAAGGUUAAAGCCUCCAACUGAUUUCUGAAUCAAGCUUCCUACUGAAUGUUGAACCGAAGGCAACGUUGAAUUCAUCCCCGGUGUAUUUUCAGGCUUUGUGAUAGACAUUAUGUUUUCAAACCUCGCUUGGAUAAGAUAAUAUGAGAAUAGGUAAUAUUUUUCUACUCCAUGAGAAUAUAUUUUCUAUACUCUAUAAGAUUAUUCUUGAAAAUACCUUGUAAUAUUUAUACUGUCUUCCCAAAACAAUGUGUAGUGAGUGUGUCGCCGUGGUAAAUUUUUUGCCGGAGAAGACACGGUGGUUCAUUAGGA